UUUCAGAUAGUUUCAUCUUCGGUUGAUAUUCUGAAUUUCGAAGAAAAAAUCGCUGCAAAUUUGAAUAACUAUCCUGAAUGAUGCCUAAAAUUUCUUCACGAAGCAUUUCAAUACCGUUACGUUGUUCACGCAAUGGAUUUCAUGUUGCAUCUGCACCUCGUACUGCAGUUCCAGUUGCAUUUAUACGUGCAGCAUCUACAUCCCGUCUUACACCUUUGUUUGGUGUUUCCAGCCAUUGCAUGAAUCGUUUUCAUCAGGUUCAAAAUAGCAUCAAGCAGCUUUGUCGAUUAUAUUCUAGCGGUCUCCCAGAACACAGACUGAUCCAAAUGCCAGCUCUUUCACCAACAAUGGAGCAUGGUACCAUUGUUAAGUGGCAUAAAAGCGAAGGUGAUGAAGUGGAGGAAGGCGAUAUGAUAUGUGAAAUUGAAACUGAUAAAUCGGUAAUGGCAUUUGAAGCAUCCGAAGAAGGUGUCUUGGCUAAAAUUCUGGUGCCUGAUGGCACCAAAGGUAUCAAAAUUGGAAAACCAAUUUGCGUUUUCGUUGAUAAGAAGGAGGACUGUGGUGCGUUUGCUAAUUUCAAAGUUGAUGGCAAUUGAAACACUUAAGAAGUGCAAAACACACUAUUAUCAGCUGUCCCUCGUGGCUUUAUCAGAUGAAUUUUAAUUUAGUGUUGAUUUUUUGAAUAAAUCUUUCUGCCAUUGUUUUUGAAUCCGCUUUGUUUCUGCUUGAUUAAUUUUCCUAAUGAAGAAUGCACCGAACUUUU